GGGAGAGCUCGCUCGCUCGCUCGGUCGGUCGGUCGGUCGGUCGGUCGGUCGCAGGCCGGGCCGGGGCGGGGAGAGGCGGCUGCCGGCGCCCGGGAGAGCCGUUCCUCGGCGGCCGAGAGCCCCGCCGGAUCAUGCCGGGGCCGCGGUGCCGCCUCCCGCUGCCGCUGCCGCUGCUGCUGCCGCCGCUGCUGCUGCUGCUGCUCCCGGCGGCGCCGGCGCCCCAGAGCUGCCUCAGCAGGCAGCAGCUCCUGGCCGCCAUCCGGCAGAUGCAGCAGCUGCUGAAGGGGCAGGAGACGCGCUUCGCCGAGGGCCUCCGCGUGAUGAAGAGCCGGCUGAGCACCCUGCACGCCUCCCUGGCCAAAGCCACCCCCGAGCCGCCGGCCGCCUCCUGCCCUGCCCUGCAAGCCCCCGUGGACGGGAGGAAGUUUGGCACCAAAUAUUUGGCGGAGCACGAGGUUCAUUUCACCUGUGACCCGGGUUUCCAGCUCCUGGGCUCCAGCACGCGGACGUGCCAGGCCAACGGCAGCUGGAGCGGGCAGGAGCCCCGCUGCGCAGAGAUCAGCGAGUGCUCGAGCAGCCCCUGCCAGAACGGCGGGACGUGCCUGGAGGGGCUGAACCAAUACAAGUGCCUCUGCCCCCAGCAGUGGACUGGAGCCACCUGCCAGUACCAGGCACAGAUGGCUCCCCCAGCCUGGAGCGUCACGGACGACCCAGCGUUCAGCCGCCAGCCCCGCUGCGCCCAGAUCGACCGGACCCAGCACUGCAGCUGCGAGCCCGGCUUCCACAUGAGUGGCACGGCCGCCAACGGCCUCUGCCAGGACCUCAACGAGUGCGAGGUGUACAAGCGGGAGGGGGGUCCCCGGCUCUGCGCCCACGCCUGCGUCAACCUCCCCGGCUCCUACCGCUGCGCCUGCCCCGGCGGGUACGUCCUCCUGGGCGACGGCAAGAGCUGCGAAGACAUCGAUGAGUGUGCCCUGUCCCAGGAUAACUGCACGAGGGGAACCACCUGCAUCAACACGGGGGGGGGCUUCCAGUGCGUCAGCCCCCAGUGCCCCCAGCCUGCCGGCAACGUCACCUACGUCAAAACAUCACCCUUCCAGUGCGAGCGCAACCCCUGCCCGAUGGAGAGCCGGUCAUGCCACCAAGCACCCAAAACCAUCUCCUUCCACUACCUUCCCCUGCCGUCCAACCUCCUGACGCCCACCCCGCUCUUCCGCAUGGCCACGGCGGCGGCGCCCGGCCGGCCGGGACCCGACAGCCUGCGCUUCGGCAUCGUGGGGGGCAACAACCGCGGCCACUUCGUGAUGCAGCGCUCGGACCGGCAAACUGGGGAGCUCAUCCUGGUGCAGAGCCUCAAGGGUCCCCAGACCAUCCAGGUGGAUGUGGACAUGUCAGAGUACCUGGAUCGGGUCUUCCAGGCCAAGCACGUGUCCAAAAUCACCGUUUUUGUCUCUGCCUAUGAGUUUUAGGAGAGGUGGCAGUCGGGGUGGCUUCCCCGACGGUGAUGGUCCCUGCUCAGCAUCCUCCACUCGAAAGCGCUAGCCCUGGAGGCAGGCGUGUAGUGGGAGCUCCAGGUGACAUCCCACACUGAAGCCUCUCUGCAGCCAACCAUCCUCCCUUCUGCGUUAAGGUUAUUCUGCCCAGGUGGCUUUUACAUCCACCUACGUGGGGGGGGGGGGGGGGGAGGGGGAAAAGGCAAAUGAGGUGCAAAAGAAAUCGGGUGCAGGGUUUACCCGCUUGCCGGGGCAUAGGAGUGGAGCAUCAUCCUCAUCCGAGGUUCCAGAAGGACAAUGUCCCACAGCCUCGGCACCUACAGAGAACAGCAGAAAGAAACUACAGCCCUUAUUUUCUUUUUAAUUCCUCUUUUUCUUUAGGAAAUAAGUUAAGCUGGUGCCUGCGGGAGGACGGAGGCUCACAGCGGCUACUGCCCUCCUCCCUGCUGGCCUGGGCUUGCUUGCACUGACCCCAGCCCCAUAAAAACAGCCUCUGCCCCCCUUCAGAUGCCGAGAAAACCCCUGGGAUCGACUGAAACCGGGAAAAAUCCAUGAACAUCCAUCCCCACAAGACCCGGUUGUCUCUUGGUGCCCUCCUGGGCAAGCUGGAUGGUGCUUGCUGGGCAAAGGAGGGGUCCCAGCACCCUGUGGGUGAUGGGCUGGGGCUGUCCCAAGCUUCAGCCUGUGGGCAGCAGCUUCUUCAACUUCCUAAACUGGGCUCUGUGUGUGUGUAUCCUGCCCCCCCCCCCCCCCCCCCCCAAUGCCAGGACCUUGGCGUGGGGGGGGGAGCUUCAGCUGCGCUUGGAAGGGACUCAAGGUGUGAAUAUUUAAUUUUUCCAUCAGCCACAGCCUCCUCCUUGCUGUGUGUAAGCAGCUCCGGGAAUAGCUGUAACGUGUACUGGGAGGGGGACACGACACACACACCCCCCCCCACCUCCCCCUGUCUUGCACCCUUCCCCCUCAGUACCCGUUCCUUGGUGCAGCGCUUGUGCAUGUUAACCACAAAACCCCAACGUUAUGCAUGUUUCUCAAUUAUGCUGGUUUUAGUACAAUUAAACGAUGCUAUAACCUCUGAGCAGGUGCAGAGCAGAAUAAAAUACCCGAUGCACGUGCA